CAACACCCACCGCCGUUUAUUGGACUACUAACAUGGCUGACACCGGAAGUGAGGCAAUCUAAGCGCGUAGGCGAUCGUGCUGUGCACACAUGUGCGUGUUCUCCAACAAAACCGCACGUCCCUGCUCUAAAAGUGAACAGUUACAGCAUUUGGCGAUAGUUUGACUACAAAAUAAAAAUGCUCAGAGACGUGUCAGCCUCAUCGAGUGAAGAUGAAUCUGACACAUCGACAGAGGAAGUCCUGUUACCGCAAAAGGAGCUCGAGACGAGGACGAGCAGGUACCAAUGUCCUAAUGACUUCGUGUCAUUCAGACACAAAGCCUGCAGCAACACGCUAACAGACAGACUGGAGAAGAGCAAGAGUGAACUGUGGCUCAUUAAAGCUCCUGCCAGCUUUAACCCAGACUGCAUGCGGGGCGUCCAGUUGAGCCUUUCAGGCCUUCAGACGCUGAAGCUUCCUGUGGACAAAGGCGAGAGUGGGCUGGGCCAACAGAUGUACAACAUCCUCGGCUCCUCCCUCGGCCCCUCCGAGCUCCACCUCCUCACGGGUGACAGUCGUACGUCGCAAGCGAUGGUGAUGGGUCCAGAUUUCUCCGGCGUGUUGAGCGUGAGCGAGAGCUACGGCGGCGACCAGCGGCUCCCGCAGAUCCUCCCCGCUACACCCGCGCCCGCCAUCCCGCCCGGCCUCAAACAGCGGUUCCAUCCCUUCGGCAGCAAGGCGCCCGCUCAGGGAGAGAGCGAGGUGGACGCCGCCCCCUCUGAGUUUGCAAGCCUCCACCUUCCAGGGGUCUCGCAGGCCAAUGAAGAGGAGGGGAGAAAGAGGAAGAAAAAGAAGAUGAAGAAAGAACGGACAGAGCGAGAGGAUGAGGAGGUGACAGUCAAAUCGGAAGUGGGCGUGGACAUCUUCUUCCAGGAAGUCGGAGCGCCUGAGGAAAAGAGGAGGAAGAAGAAGAAGAAAAAGGACAGAGACGCAGAAGACGAGUCGCCGCCCGCCGCCACGGUGAUGAUCAAAGAGGAAGUGAAACUUGAACCAGUGGACGUUUUGUACAAUUACCAAGUUGACGACUCGGCGAAGAAGAAGAAAAAGAAGAAGAAAAACAAAACUGAUGACUAGUCUGACGCUUGCAUCAAUUCCCUGAUGAACUUUUAUUGUGAAAACUUCCUCUGGUGGUCAGGAAGUUGUCGCCUGUCCCUCUCAGGUGGACUCCAUCGUCCGCCUUCUUGACGCCGAAGAGCUCGUCAGCGUGCAGCAGGAAGACCAGAUGAUAGAAAGAUGGACGACUAUCUGAUGCACACACAAACAACGCAAACUUUGUAAUAAAACUUUUUUUUGUCUUA